UUCAAGCUUCUCCACAACCAAAAUCCCCUUCCCCUCCUCUCCUUUUCUCCUUUGCUUAAAAUUUUGCUUAAUUGCCAUCACCACCCUGUUGAAUCUCUGCCUCUUUCAUUCUUUUUCUUUCUAAUUCAUCAAUUAAGCCUCUGAAAAACUCUGCCCUUUUUAGUUCCUCGGGAAACAGUGAGUAAUAAUAUUAGUAUUAACGUUUGAUGCCUCCCCGGCGUGUAGUUUGAUAACGUUAGCACUUCAUGUCUCCGGUACUCUGUGAAGUCCUCCUUUCCGGUUACACUGUCACUUCCACCCUCCGUCGAACCCACUUGAUGCAAUCUUUCUCCGUUGUCUUCCUUUACUGGUUUUAUGUUUUCUCAUGAUCAAUAGUUUCCACCCUGUUGUCACCCUGUUUUCUUCUUGAAUUUCAGUUUUUUCAUAUCUUUUUUUUUUUAUCCCAUUAACAAAAACUUUUUUCUUUGAUUAUUAAAUAAUUAUAUAAAGUUUACUCGAGGGGAUACAUAUUAUUAUUGUUACUUUCUGUGAUUAUUAUCAUGUCUUGUUCUAGUGGGAAUUCGUCAGGGGGAAAUAGUCAACCCCAGACCAAUUCGGGAUCGUCCGAUGAAGAUCUCCAGCAAAUCAUGGACAUUCGGAAACGUAAGAGAAUGAUUUCGAACCGUGAAUCGGCGAGGAGGUCGAGGAUGAGGAAACAGAAGCACUUGGAUGAUAUGCUGUCCCAAGUCAACCAACUCCGGGAAGAGAACAAUCAGAUUCUGUCCAACCUGAAUCUCACCACCCGGCUUUUCUUGAACGUUGAAUCUGAAAAUUCCGUCCUCAGGGCCCAAUUGAAUGAACUCACCCACAGGCUCAAAUCCCUCAAUGAUAUUGUUUCUUGCUUGAAUGGCGCCAACAACGACAACAAUUAUAACAACAACAAUAAUAAUAAUUAUGCUAUUAAUCCUUGCAGCACCAAUAUGCUUAAUGGAACAGAGGACGAUGAUGAAUUCAGUCAGAUGCUUAAUGGAAUCGGUGAUUUUGAUUUCUUGAAUCCCUGGAAUUUGCUUAAUGUGAAUCAGCCAAUCAUGGCCUCCCCAGAUGUUUUCAUGUAUUAAUGAUUGAUUGGUUAAAAGUUCACAUAAUUUCCAUAUGGUUUAAUUAGGGAGUGGUUUUAAUUAGUUUUGGACCAUGGUUUUCAUUGUAAGAAUUUUCUUAGUGAAGACUUGGACCCCACCUUUCCCCCCAACCCCCUUUUGUUAGGUUUCGACUUUCGAUUAAUGUUAUUGAAGUGUUAUUGUAAGUCCAUGUAUCAUUUAUUACUACUGUUAAUUAUCGCAUGGAUUUAUGUUUUGUUUUCAUAUUAUUAGUAAGUUUUCUUCUUUAUAUUAAACUCGCAAUUUCGCGAUUAUAAUUUCACACUCUUUCUCUAAAAUCUACACAAUCCUCUCUACCUUCCUCUUUGCUACUAUUGCAUUGAAAACCAAUCAACAUAAGUGGUUGCCCUUUCACGAAUUACGGACAGUCUCUUUCUGAGGCGCUUUCUCAAUGAUUAUUAUUUUGUAUAGAUGAUUGCAAACUUCUCUAACAAAGCCUACUACAAUAAUGC